AUGUCAUUUGGUAGAACACCAAAUAUAUAUUCAUUUAGUCCAACGCCACCUGAAAAAGGAAGUUUUCCUUUAGAUCAUGAAGGUGAAUGUAAACGGCUUGUUAAAGAAUAUCUUGAAUGUUUAAAAAAGAAUCAGGGAAAUAAUGGAAACUGUAGGCAUGUUUCAAAAGCUUAUUUAAAAUGUAGAAUGGACAAAGGAUUGAUGACACCUGAAGAGAUGAAAAAUCUAGGAUUUCAAGAUGAAAAUGAGAUAAAAAAGAUUGAUGAUAAAUAA